CUUCUGCUGCCAGAUAUGGCAUGCAAGUGAGACUGGCUGGUUUGCAAGUGGAUUGCAUCUGCCAUGCCAAGACACAGAGCAGAUUGGGGAAAGAAAGUGGAUGCUGGCCGCUCCAAAGGGGAAUGCUUAGCUUCUUAUUGCUGCAGAAACUUGCCCCCAAGCCUUUGGCACAGGCAGGCAUAGAGAACAUUGGCAGCCAGGCGUUGGGCAUUUCAAACACAGAAAAAGAUGAAAGUGGAAUUGGUGGAGAACACAAUCAGCUCUCCUUCUCUUGUUUCCUGUCGUUUCUGUGUUUUUGCUUUUUGAUGACCACAAAUCUCUGGUAGGAGGUGCAGCUGGCAAAACCUGUAAAUGGAAAAGAUAAAGUCCCCAGUGUGGUAUUUCCAUUGAGCAUGGAAUAGACAGAACAACUGCAACUGAAAAACAUCUGCAGAAUGAUGAUGCCUCCGGUCUGGAUGGAUGAUGCAGACCUCCGGAAGGCCAUCAGGAAUGCUUGGCCACAGCUGGUGGACUUCCUCAGUCACCAUCCUGAGUGGGUGCUGAGUAAAGCCAAGCAGCUUCUCCUGCACGUGGACUUGAGUGUGGUUGAGGGAAUGUCUGAUCCCAAAGAGAAGGUGUCGCUGGUCCUGGAUAUGUUCCUGAGGACUGCUGAUGCGGAGGCUCCCAUCUUCAAAGAAUUCAUGCAAAGUGUCUGUAUGGAAUGCAACCUUCCCAUGGAGUUGGAAAUCGUCUUCAUGAGUGUAUCUGGAGAAGGUCAUGUAACCCAAGGACAAGAAGAUUCCAAAGAAGCUUCAGAUUCGUCUCCAUCGACAUCAACAAGACUCGAAAGACGCCGUCCGUGGAGUAGCCCUUCCAUCAACAAUAAUGGGAAACAGUCCAAACAGCAGCGGUUAGACUCUGCUGAAAGAUACCGGCAACUCAUCACCACCUCAAUGGUUCAUAGAUAUGGAAGUAACAGAUCAGCAGAAGCAACAGAAGUGAAAGCUCAGCCAUCGGCUUUUAGCCAAGCCUUUGUCAAUCUUGUGAUUCAUCAGAGCAAAGCCGGUAGGAUGAGAGGAAGGGGGGAGAAAGGCAGGGAAGGGCCAAUUGCUCUGCUUGACCCAGACGAGCAUAGCAGUGCAACCACAAGACUGUCUGAACUUUUUGAAAGCGUCCAUGCAGGAACCCCCAAGGCCAUUCUUCUGUUGGGAAAGCCAGGAAUGGGGAAAACAAGACUCAUGCACAGAAUUUGCCAGCAGUGGGCGGAGGGAGGCCUGCCCCAGUUCCAGCUGAUCUUCUUCUUUGAGUUCCGGCAGCUGAACCUGAUCAACAGAAAGCUCACUCUCCAAGAGCUCCUGUUUGACUUCUUCCUCAAACCAGAAGAUUGUCCCGAUGCAGUAUUUGAACACAUCCUAGAAGACGCCUGGCACACGUUGGUGAUCUUUGAUGGGCUGGAUGAGUUUGUGGAGAACGUUUCACUCCCGGGUUCUCCUCACACGUCAUUCCCUGAUCCUCUCAACCCUCUCUCUAUAUCUGAACUUUUUGCCAGUCUUUGCCAUGGAAAACUAUUGUCUGGCUGCACAAUGUUGGUCACGACCCGGCCAAAGAUACUCCCUGAAUCUUUAUUAAAAACUGACACCCUUCUAGCAGAAAUCUGGGGGUUUGAUCGUGAAAAAGUGGAGGAAUACGCUGGCUAUUUCUUCCACCAGGAUUCACUGAAGGAGCAAGCCAUGGCUCACCUGAAAAGUAAUGGCAAACUCCUGAGCAUGUGUUAUAUCCCUGCCUUGUGCAACAUUGUCUGCAUCUGUCUAGAAUAUUUGCUCCAUCAUAAUGUAGGAAGUGUCCAGCUCCCUCAAACCAUGACCCAGCUUUAUAUCAAAAUGCUCCUCACCUUCAUAGGCAAGGAUCAGAAGCUGAGUGCUUUGAGCGAAGAAGUAAAUCUGAGUCAACACCAAGCAACUCUUGUAGGCCUCUGUGAGUUGGCCUUCAAGGGCCUGGAAGGAAAGAAGAUGCUGUUUUAUGCUAACGAGGUUGCAGAAGACGUGAAGGAUUUUGCUUGUCUGUGUGGGCUCCUUUUGGCCUUUGAGGUAAAGACGAGCAACAGGCACACGCAGGCCGGCUACACUUUUGUCCACUUCAGUCUUCAAGAGUUCUUUGCGGCGCUCUUCCUGUUGACCAGCAAAACUAUCGACAGCAACUUUCUGAAGCAGAAGUUCUUUCUGAGAUCAAAGUGGACUUUGAAGAAGGAGGCAGGGAUGCCGUUCACGGAGAACUGCCAUGUCUUUCUGUCCGGCCUUUCCUCCCAAGGGUGUCGGCGAUUCCUUAGCUCCUUAGCCAGACAAAACGAGGCCUGGAUCCAGGAACGGCAAGCCGUAGUUGUGCAGAUGCUGAAGAGGCUGGCGAGUGCUCAUCUGACAGGGCCCAAGAUAGCAGAGCUGUGCCACUGUGUGCAUGAGACACAAGAUGUUGAGUUAGCCCGGCAUGUUGGGAAACAGUUAAACUUCAAAUAUCAGUUUAGAAACUUCAGGCUGAUGCCACUGGACAUGAUGGUGAUGGCUUUUGUCAUCAACUGCAAUAGCCCUAACCUGGUGUCCUUGGACUUUGUUGGGUGCCCCAUGGAACUUGACUAUUUGGAUAUCUUGGGCAGCUGUGAAAAUAUAAAGAGCCUGAGCUUUAAGAGCAGGAAGUGUGGAAGAAAGUUUGCAGCAGUCCUUUCCAAGAAUCUACCGAAGAUCAAAUGCUUGACAACAUUCCAGUUAGCAGGUGGAAAUAUAACAAUCUCAGGACUCGAAGAUCUGAUGCACGCUUUUCCAAACUGCAAUCAGCUGGAAGACAUAAACUUGCAGGACAACAGACUGAAGGGGAACAAAAUGAUCCAGGUUACAGAAUUAUUUUCCACUGUAGAAAAGCUCAAGAAGAUAGAUUUAAGCUACAAUGAGAUUUCGGUGAGCGCUGUUCUCGAUUUCUUCAGAACUGCUGCAGUUUCUCCAAAUGUUACCAAGCUCCACGUAAGGAAAGACACUUUGAUCAUCACUGGCCAUUCUGAUACAGGUCCAAGGUUGAAAGAUGAAGGAAUAAAAGAAGAAGAAAAUGUUCAUAAAUCUAGAACUUUAAUAUUACGAUUGCAGGAUUGCCAAUUAGAUUCCCAAUGGGCAGAAGAGCUGGCUGACAUUCUCCAGAGUUGUUCCCACCUUUCUGAAAUUGAUUUGUCAGGUAACCACCUUGGUGAUGAAGGGUGCAGCAGGCUGAUGAAGAUGGUGCCCAGAAUGUGCAUUUCUGGCCCUCUGAACUUAAGCAACAACCAACUGUCUCUUAAGAGCAUUUUCUGUCUCCUGGAUGCAAUGAGUAUUUGUCCAAAUAUAGUGAAGCUUAAAAUCAGUGUUCAUCAUCAAACUGCAAUCUUGACGCUUGUUGACAAAGACAUUGUUGGUGCCAGGACUGCUGGCCAGUUAAGUAGUGAUGGACAUCAGAUGGUGUCAACAUCAAGGAAAAUAAGCUUGGCGGACAAUAAUUUUCAGGGUGAAGAUCUGAAAAACGUAUGCUUGGCCUUGAGAAGGUGCAGUGAUGUAUCUGAGUUAGACUUGUCAAAUAAUUAUCUGGGUGACCUAGGUGUUUUGAAGAUAGCAGAGCUACUUCCUCAUCUGAAAGCAUUAUGUUCUUUAACGCUGGAUCAUAAUAACAUAUCCCUGAGUGGCGUCUUUUGCUUAGUGCAAUUCUUCUCUAACUUGGAGAGUAUGACCUCAAUGCAGUUAUGUUUGGGAAGUACCCAGAAAGUUCAUUUAACCUUUGGGGAAAGAAUCAGUCCUCAAAGGCACAGCAUAAUCAGUGAGCAUCAAGAGGAGCUACUACAGGAUCACACACAUCACUUAGUCUACAGUCGCUGCUUUGGUCUCAAAGAGUGCACAAUGGACCCAAAGGACAUUGACCGACUCUUUCAAAUUCUAAGUAGAUGCUCAGGACUGACUAAGAUCGACUUGUCUGGCAACUCGCUAAAUGAUCAAGGUGUUGAACAGCUGCUGAAGUUCCUGCCCUGUCUCAACAGUCUGGAGCUCUUAAGCAUCAGAGAGAACAAGUUUUCAUCAAACUGUGUUCGCUUGCUGGCCAACUCAUUUAAUCAGUGUAAAAGAAUCUGUAAAGUGGAAGUCAGAUCAAGUGAAAAUGCUUUUCUGCAUUUUGUGGAAAGUCAAGAAACUCAAGAAAUAUACCUCAGGCUGAUUGAGUGUGGCAUUGGCAAGGAUGAGAUCACAGGGCUCUAUCCCAUACUUGAGGAAUGUAACCAUCUGGCAGAACUGGAUCUUUCUGGAAACCAUCUUGGCGAUGAAGGAUUGAGGUGCCUCUUAGAACAUUUGCCCAAGACCCAAGUUCCCUGCCUCAUGAAAAUCAGCCACAAUGGGAUCUCACAAGAAGGAGUUUUCCAUCUCAUUAAUAUCCUCGCCACAUACCAAAAUAUCGCUGAAGUUCACAUAAGUUUGUGCUCUGAGGCAAUGCUGCUUAUCACAUUAGUGAGAGAAAAUAACCCUCCAAAGAUCCUGAGGCUAAAGCAUUGCAGUUUCAAAGCAGAACAUCUGGCACAGCUUUCUACUGUGCUGGGAAAGUGCAUCACUCUAAGCAAUUUCUCGUCAACUAAUAAUGGCAUGAUGCUCAGCAAUGCAGAAGAUCUGCUCAGGGCCUUAAGGAAACCAAGGGGCGUGCUACGAAUAGGCAUAAAAGAGCCAUGGGUGAAAGACAAAAGCAUCAUUGUCCUUCUGAAGUUAGCUACAGAAGUCCAGGGAAACAUUACAGCACUUGCGAUCAGGAGAGCCCAAGCCCUCUUCAUGGUGGAGCAGGAAUUUCCCCGUCAAGUGGAGAAAGUGGAGUGUAUGGUUAGCCGGUUCCACCAGUGUGAACUGGAAGCCAAAGGAGUCUGCUUGCUGCCCAGCCUCAUUGAGAAAUGCAGCCAACUCUGGGCUUUAAACUGUUCACAGGUACAACUCACUGAUGCUGAAGCAGAAACCAUCUCUAAUACCCUGUUGCAUUUUCCGUCACUGAAGAAGCUUGAGUUAACCUGUUGUAGAAUCCUUCCCACUGGAAUGGAGCACCUGACUGCAGCAUUGCGCCAAUGCCACACCAUUGACGACAUUGACUUUUCCAAAAGUGAACUCGGUAUGGAUAUCAGUGGUCUACUGAAUGCUCUAGAAGGAAAGCCUCUUUUGAAGAGCAUAAACCUUGGCUCUCUCAGUAUCAACAAUGCAAAUAUUCUGAAUCUGACUUCAAGACUCUCAGCAAUGCCUCUCCUGAGAAGGCUUAUUUUGAACAAUAACCAUCUUGGCAAUGAGCCCUGUUCUUGUCUGGCACUAGUUUUGAAGAAUGCCAUCCACAUGGAGGAAAUCAAUUUAAGCCACAACAAGAUUGAUGAUGCUGGUGUGAAAGAAAUCGCUACAGCCGUUGCAGAAAUGCAGAGCAUAAAGCAAAUCAACCUCUCGUGCAACAGCUUCGGCUCUGCUGGAGGACAGCGUUUUGCGGAGGCUCUGAGUGACAGCAAGAACCUGGAGGUGCUCAACCUAUCUGGGAACAAUAUCGGAAAUGAGACUUUGGAAAAACUGGCUCCAGUUCUGCCUAACAUGCCCCACCUGAAAGUCCUUCACCUGGCUUCCUGUGGUAUUGACUCAGAGGGUGUUGCUUGCUUGGCCAGAGUCCUGUGCCAAUGUCCACAGAUAGAGGAGAUCAGUUUGUCAGAAAAUACCAUUGGGUACAAAGGCAUCACAGCCCUUGCAGAGCGACUGCCGCAGUCCUCGCAACUCAGGAAGAUUGAACUGAAGGUCUGCGGCAUCAGUGACUGUUCUUCCAAGAGCCUCGCCCUUGGGGUCAGCCACUGCCCCCUCCUUGAAGAGAUGAUCCUGUCCUGGAACAAACUUGGCGACGAGGGUGCUCAGGAGCUGGCCAAGGUUCUCCCGUGGAUGGCGAGGCUCAAAGUGCUGGACCUGGACAAGAACUGUAUCACUGCUUGUGGUGCCAGAAGGCUUGCAAAGGAGCUUGCACACUGUCGAGGAAUUCAGUUUAUACGGUUGUGGCACAAUCUGAUCCCGAAGGACGUUGAGCAAAAGUUGAAAGAGGAAGAGCCACGGCUGCAUUUCUCUUUCUUUUAAGCAAGUAGGGCGGAGAUAAGGCUCCCGCCAGCCAUAGUUUGUUGGUUGAGGAAACGUAGAAAAGCAAGCAGGUGUCUGGCUGGAUGCACAGGGAAGCCGGCAUCUUCUAAAAAGAAACGGAAAGCGUCAUGAUUAUGCUCCCUCCUCAUGGCCAGAAAUGAGCAGCUACUUACACAAGGGAAAAACUCUCAUUUGGGAGAAGCAGGAUUUUGGCCUUCGCCUGAUGGAAGAACCUUGCAAGAAAUCCCACAUCCAGUUUUGCAGCAUUCCUGGCAAGGUUGAGCACUAAAUAUUUAUUUAUUUUGCACUAAAAAUACCAAAAUCUUUCAUCAAGGUUAACAAAAUUCACUACUAAGAAGAAAUGGAUCCUGCAACAUGUACUAUAGAUUUUGUUUGUGUUUAUUUUAUUUGUUUUGUUAACAUUUAUUUUACUUUUGCUAGUCAUGCAGGAAAGCAGCAAGUAGCUAUGCAGGGCACGGAAGGUCUGCACCGAAUCUUCAGCCAAUCUUCUGGCUUCUGAGGCUUCACCAAGCCCACACACUUUGAAGCCUGUUUCUACAAACCUAAGGGCUAGAAACUUCCAGGUCAUUUUAAAAAUGAAAAUGAAAGCAGCAGUUAUGAGGAAGCUGGAUUGUGUGCCUGGCAUCAUAUUCUGCAUUGUUCAUGUACUUGUGCAGAAUACACACAAUCCUAUUUCUAGCCAUUGUUAGUUUUCACAAGGGAUGGGGAGAAAUUCAUUUUACACUGAAAGGCAACUCUACCUAAUUUGCACUUUCCAUCCCUCCUUCAAAAUUCACACUUCUAUGAAUUUUGAAAAGCAUUUCUCCAGCCGAUUAAUGUGUUUAAAAAUGCAUGUAUUUGUGAAAAUGACAUUAAAAUGCAUUAUAUUAGGGGGAAAUUGCUUUGCAAAAAUAUGUAUAUUGGGCAGAAUUGCAUACAAAUGUGUGUAUAUUAGGAGAAAUCUGCUGAUGUUCAUGAGUUUUUAAAAACCCUGCAAACUGAUGUGGAAAUACGGAUAACUAAACCAGACUGGAAUACUGAAAGAAACAAAAAUUGACAGAUUCACCCAUUCCUAUUUUUCACAUACGGAACUUUGUCAGCUGGGCUCUUCUGUCACAUUCACUGCCAUUCAUCACUGUUGUAUCUUAGCUUGGUUGCCAUACAAUCUUGUUUUGAGGCAUGUCUGAGUUAAGAGGGAUAAAGGCAAUAUGUUGUUGUCAUGUGCCUCCAAGUCGACUACAACUUAUGGCUACCCUAUGAAUCAGCGACCACCAAGAGCAUCUGUUAUGAACCAUCCUGUUCAGAUCUUGUAAGUUCAGGUCUGUGUCCCUUAUUCCCUAAGGGAAGGGCUGUGGCUCAGUGGCAGAGCAUCUGCUUUGUGUGCAGAAGGUCCCAGGUUCAAUCCUUGGCAUCUCCAGGUGGGGCUGGGAGAAACUCCUGUCUUAAACCCUGGAGAGCUGCUGUCGGUCAGUGUUCUUCCAAUUAAUCAUGUCUCCAGCACUCUGCAGCCUCCUCGCCCACACUUCCUGUCCUGAACAAGGCCCAUGGAAGGAGUUACCUGAUGAUGCCUUUCCCAGAGCUUUAACUGAAGUAUGGGCACCUAGGGAGGCUGCAGACCAUCAGAGAUCUGAUUUGUAGGAUGAAAUGAUGUUCGCAAACACCCCUCAGCCACCGCAAAAGUGUGACAAAACCCAUGCACCCAGCCCAUGAGAAUUUUAUCUAUAUUUCCCAUCUCCUUUGAUAAUUUUCAAAUGCUGUUUCUUUUCUCAUUAAAUGAUGGAGAAUGGUUUGGGGGGAAAGUUAAGAUUUAUGCUUUUAGGAUUGUGUUUCACUAAAUCCUACUCAGACCAGACCCACUGAGAUGAAUUAACCUAUUCGUCAUGUCCAUCAACUUCAACGGGUCUACUCUGAGUACAUCAAACUUUGUAUACCUUCCUUAAUUUACACUUUUAAAAAUGUCAAUUCAAGAGCAGCUGAACCCAGGUCCAAGGGGCUUCUACCUGCGUACACAGUAAUAUGUGAAUACCCCCAAUGUUAAUUACAUUCACAAAUCAACAUUGUAUCUAGUUUGGGCCUCACAAUCCCCUUUUUAAAAAGAGAACAAACUUCUAGUCUCAGGAAUUUAUUUUAUUUAUUUAUUUAUUUUGUUCGAUUUAUAUACUGCCCACAGCCCAAGGGCUCUCAGCGCGGUGCACAACAUGGAUAAAAAACAAUAAAAUAUACAGUAUUAAACAAGUAAAUAACCAAGAUAGAUUAAAAACACAAAUAGGUUAAAAUGCCUGGGAGAAUAAAAAGGUUUAAACCUGGCGCCUAAAAGAUAAAAGUGUAGGUGCCAGGCGCACCUCAUCAGGAAGACUGUUCCAUAAUUCGGGGGCAACCACUGAAAAGGCCCUAGAUCUUGUUACUACCCUCCGAGCUUCCCUGUGAGUCGGAGCUCGGAGGAGGGCUUUAGAUGUUGAACGUAGUGAGCGGGUAGGUUCAUAUUGGGAGAGGCGUUCCGCCAGGUAUUGUGGUCCCACACCGUGUAAGGCUUUAUAAGUCAAAACUAGCACUUUGAAUUUGGCCCGGAAACAAAUAGGUAGCCAGUGCAAACGAGCCAGAACAGGUGUUAUAUGUGCAGACCGCCUAGUCCUCGUCAGCAGUCUAGCAGCUGCGUUUUGCACUAGCUGUAGUUUCCGAACUGUCUUCAAAGGCAGCCCCACGUAGAGCGCAUUGCAGUAAUCCAAUCUAGAGGUUACCAGAGCAUGCACAACUGAAGCGAGGUCGUCGCUUUCCAGAUAGGGACGUAGCUGGGCUACCAACCGAAGGUGGUAGAACGCAUUCCGUGCCACCGAGGCCACCUGCGCCUCGAGAGACAGGAGUGGAUUGAAAAGAACCUCCAAGCUACGAGCCUGUUCCUUCAGGGGGAGUGUAACCCCAUCUAGAACAGGUUGAACAUCCACCAUCUGGUCAGAGAAGGCGCUCACCAACAGCGUCUCGGUCUUGUCAGGAUUGAGCCUCAGUUUAUUAGCUCUCAUCCAGUCCAUUAUCAUGGCCAGGCAGCAGUUCAGCACAUUAACAGCCUCACCUGAAGAAGAUGAAAAGGAGAAAUAGAGUUGCGUGUCAUCAGCAUACUGGUGACAACGCACUCCAAAGCUCCUGAUGACCGCACCCAGCGGCUUCAUGUAGAUGUUAAAAAGCAUAGGGGACAGGACCGAUCCCUGUGGGACUCCACAAUGGAGAGUCCAGGGUGUCGAACAAUGUUCCCCAAGCCCUACCUUCUGGAGACGAUCCACCAAGUAGGAGCGGAACCACUGCCAAGCAGUACCUCCAACUCCCAACUCCAUGGGUCUCCCCAGAAGGAUACCAUGGUCGAUGGUAUCAAAAGCAGCUGAGAGAUCAAGGAGAAUCAACAGAGUAACACUCCCUCUGUCCCUCUCCCGACACAGGUCAUCAUACAGGGCGACCAAGGCUGUUUCAGUGCCAAACCCAGGCCUAAAACUGGAUUGAAACGGAUCUAGAUAAUCGGUUUCAUCCAAGAGCACCUGGAGCUGGCUAGCGACCACCCGUUCCAAGACCUUGCCCAGGAAUGGAACAUUCGCUACCGGUCUAUAGUUGUUCAAAUUAUCUGGGUCCAGGGAAGGUUUCUUCAGGAGUGGUCUCACUACUGCCUCUUUUAAGCAACUAUGGACCGCUCCGUCUCUCAAGGAGGCAUUUAUCACUUCCCUGGCCCAGCCGACUGUUCCAGCCCUGCCAGCUUUCACUAGCCAAGAGGGGCAAGGAUCCAGCACAGAGGUGGAAUGGAGAGAGAGAAUUGCAAAGGUGCAGAGAGUCAUCCCAUUUUUAUCAGUUCCUGGUAGGAUCAGGAGCUUCAAUUUGCUCGAGUUCCCCACUGGGAGUUCUCUUCUCACAUUGACAGAUUCUAUGGCUCCAUGGAGGAAAUAGAGAAGCCUGAAUAAUAUCCUGCUUUAGAGCACCUUUCCAGAGUUUCUUUAGAAAUAUCCAAAAAAAGAGAAUCCCUCAUUCAUUCUUCCUUAGAUAGCUCCUUCCACUGCCAAUUCUGAAUUUAUUUAAAUUAAAAUAUUUCAGUCCAUUUUUUAUUUCUCAGUGCCCCAGAUUGUUUAACAUCCAUGGAAGAUCAGGGUGCCAUGCAGCUGGAAUGGCCACCUCCCAUCUUAAGGUUCUUGCAAAUGGUGUUUCAUGGUGAGGAGAAAUCUGUAUAGACUCCUUCAGUAUCUCCACUGACCAAGGGCUGGUUCACAUAUGAGCCAAGAUGCACAUUAAAAAUGCUGCUUUUUCCAUUGUGAUUGAUAUUGACAGUUCACAUACUUCCGCCCCGCUACGAAUAAAUUGGCUGUUUUUCUUU